AUGGCAGAGCCUCAAUGUUUCGACGGUGGCCAAAAGAUUCCACUCACUCGAUUGAAUGCUUUCAAGCAACAACACCCACUCAUUACCGAACUGCUUUCAGAACUUUACGACAUCGAAACGUACGCCGCAGGUUUCGCCACAAUCAAUGCCUUGAGCUUCUCAGAUGCCCUCAAUAGGUUUUAA